AUGCUCUACCAACGAGAUGGUCAAACACCUUCGCAAGGUGAUACUCGUCAACCACACCGUCCAUACCACCAAUCAUCCUCGCAGAGCAGUGGACAUACGAGGCCUGGUGCGCCUAAUCCUUCUUCCCAUCCGUCUCAGAAAUCGCAACCCAACAGACCACUUCGGCCGGAUCAGGUGCCUGUCGUGUUGGGUCGACCACGGCCAGUUGCAAACAGAGACGCACCAGACCCGCGAGCCAUCCCUCAAUACCGUCAAGACUCAGGUCCCCCAGCUCAACAGUAUGCUCAUCAAAAUUCCAUAAGCUCGUGGGUUAAUGAAGUCUCACCUACCUACCCAUCACCGGACAUGCCUCGACCUUUCGCCGACACCCACCGCGAUUCUACUGGAUCUUCUGUCUACUCUCUCCCCGACUUUCCAAUCCAUCAAGCUCCUCAAGUCCCUCAACAGGUCGCUCGACCAUUGCAUCAACCCAAUCGCCGCCCACCGCUUGGCCCACCCCCUUCGGCGCGCAAAGGUCCUGCAUCAUACUAUCCACAAGCAGACCAUGUCGCGCCGAUCAUCGAGGAGACAGACAGUCAACGAGGCAGUCACAGAGGCUUACAUGACUCUAAAAGCUCUUUUGCUUCCAGUAAUGCGAUUCCUAUUGGCAUUUCGAGACAUCUUGCCAAUCAGCAUGACAUGCGUCAAAACAAGGCUUCCCCAUUCCAGGACUACUAUGGAGACUCAGACGGCAGUGAGCCUGAACAGAUGGUGCGUCCCGUUCCUGUUCGUAAGGCUAGCAUUGGUCGUAAAUCGACACCAGUCUUGACCACGAUAAAGAAUGGCGAUUCGCGACCAGACAGCCAGACUCGACCUCUAGACCAAUCUCGGCGCGGUGGUAACCUCGAAGAUACGAGCUAUCCGAUGGUCGACAUGUCGCCCGAAGAACGCUCCGAGAGGUCUUUUCCUCAAUUGUCUACACGAACAAGCAGUUCCGAUAUUCUUGGCAGAGACGCAAUGGUGCCUCAAGCUGAGAAGCCAAUCAGAGAGAAGGCUUCUUUGUCCACUCUUGGUCUUUCCGAGAAGAGUGCUGCACACGAUCUGGAAAAACAGGCUACACUCGCCGAUAGAGUGGGUUCUAAGCGCCCACCGAGGCUCAAUGUGGACGCCGUCCGAGAGGCAGAAGCUCGUGGUAGUCUCACCAGUCUUCCGGACCUUAUCCGUAGAGCGACCAAAGUUGCGUCCAACCUCGAUCGUGGCCGGACUGCGAGCAGACUCGGUCUCAACUUCUUCGAUGACGACGCGCAACAAGCACACGACCAGGAUAACAGGAGAUCUGGUUCACUAUCGGAUAUUCUUGCUUCUUUCCCCCCACCGGGACUUGCAACUCCCACUGGAUCCAGAGGGUCCAAGAGAGGUUCCAGAGGCUCCAGAGUGCCAUGGUCUUCAAACCUACAACAUAGCUCCCUCCCUUCCACAAGUGAUCUCGGCGAGGAGCCCGAACAGCGUAGGAGGUGCUGCGGUCUGCCCUUGUGGCUGUUCCUCACAAUACUUCUGCUCAUGGUCAUUCUUAUUGCUGCUGCUGUCAUCAUUCCCAUAGUUCUUGUCGUCAUUCCUCAACAAAACACUGUUCAUAGCAGUGCUUCGGCCUCCGCGCUCGCUAUGUGCCAAAAGUCACUAGAUUGUAAGAACGGUGGCAUCAAUAUUCUAGGUAGUGAUGGAAGCUGCAGCUGUUUGUGUGUCAAUGGCUUUGCAGGCUCUGAAUGCACACAAGCAUCAAGUGCAUCUUGCACCACCACGACGGUCGGCAGUAUGAACAAUGUCACGCUUGGAGAUUCUAUCCCACGGCUCUUGACUGACUCAGCAACCAUUUUCAGCAUUCCUCUCAACGCUACCAAUCUCUUGGGCUUGUUUGCUUCAUCCAAGCUCACGUGCACCUCGGAAAAUGCAUUGGUUGCCUUCAAUGGGCUUUCUGCCCGCUCUGUUCCGGAGCGAGUCACUGAAAUCACACCUUCUCCAACCAAAGUUCUGGCAGCACGCGCAGAUUCUACAUCUGUUGCUGGUGCUGCUGUCACCAGUAACGGAAUUGUCUUUGCAAGCGGAUCACCGAGCGAUGUGCCGUCUUCAUCGGCCUCCACAAGCUUUGACACAAGUGCACCGUCCUCAUCCUCAUCAUCUCUUUUGUCAGAUUCGACGACGCUUGACUUUGCACGUGUUGCUGUGCUAUUUGUCUUUCAGAUAUCAGGCCAGCUGAAUAAUGCGAUCGCUGCUCAGGAGAAUCUCCAAAGCUACUUUACCUCUGGGACAACCAGUACUGGACAACAGAUGAAUGUGUCGAGCAUCGACCUUGGUGCUGAUAUCAGUGCAAAUCUCGAACAACACUCCGUCACUUUGGCCAAUGGCACAGUCAUCGGUGGUUAG